GGGAACUUUUAUUGAGCCUUGAACAGGCGAAUGAAAAUAAUUGUAAUUCCUUGUUGAUAAAAGAGCUAGAAAAUAAAAAGUUGACAAUUCGGGAGAAGCUGAUUUAUCUGAAAUCCAGCGUGGAUCAACCUUUACCCCUAACGAUAGAUGGAUCUAUGAAGAAGAUUCUUAACCGUGCCAGUUCAAAACCCCAGAUGAGAAAAGAAUCUUCAAAAUGUGCUUCCUCAAACAAAAAAUACUGUCCGAACCCUAUAAAUAUUACUGGGAAGAGCCAUGAGACAGCUAUUCUCAGAGAUGGUCCAAAUAUCAACGAUGUUCCCAAAUCAGCGCCUGAUAUUCGCAACAGAAGUAGUUGGAGAGCCAGUGUAAAAAGUCAGAUUUUUGUCAGAAUAAACAACCUUCAAGUGAUUACCAUCAAUAUCGACCUGUUCACUUGUGCCGAUAAUUUACAGCGGGUUUUAACACAAGAACUUGGUGAAAAAGCAGAAGACUAUAACAUUACUUUUGGAUCAAAAGAGCUUGACAAAGACAAAACUUUGUUCGAACAAAAGAUAUACCAUGGGACUACUGUAGAUUUGCAUGUUCGUUUACAUGGAGGUAAAGGAAAAAAGAAAACGAAGAAGAAGCUGAAUCAACAAAAGAAAAAACAUGACAAUAUUGCAGUAACCCAUGAAGAUAUUGCAAGCAAACAUUCCUCGUUAACAUUGGGGAGUAUAAAGGUUGAAGAUAUUGAGGAAGACGUCGAUAAAGAAUCCGAACAUGAAUUGCUUCAAGCUUCCAGAAAUGAUAUUUCUGGUACAUUUGGUAAACUUCCGAACCUGGAUUCAAUUAGAGGUCUACUGAUUCUGGAAGAUAUAUCAAACGAUGGCAAAUCUCCAACUCCUGAAUUUGGAAGCGUCGUGUCAGUGAAAGGUAUUUGUGAAAGAAAGGAAUCAUUUGGAAAUAAUGCAACACUGAUAAUAAGAGACGAUCCUCAAGGAGCUUCCAGCAUUUCUUAUAAAAUGAAAAUCGUUAUUUGUAGCAACGAAAAAAGUGUGAAUUUGAAAAUAAGCAAUAUCGAAAAACUAUUGGAAGAUGUACGUAAAGAAGUACAAGUAGCAGUGAUGGGACGAGUCGAACGCUUGGAAAGCGAAAGCAAUGACACAAAAGAUCCACAUUGUGAAAUGAUACGAUUUAAACUUGUGGUUGAUUCAGACAAGCAUCAUGGCUUUGUUUACGUUGAAAGGAUAAGGCCAAAAUACACUAGACAACUUUCACAACCUUGGUGGAUCUCAGAGAACGGUGAUUCUUCUUCUCGAUUUUUGAAUUUGAAAAAAGGUGAUCGCAUUGGUAAGACAGCACAAAGAAUUUUCCUUCAAUCUGCAGCUUCCGAUGAUGAAAUUUUGAAUUACGUUGUUGCAUUGAAAAAUAGUUAUGAUGGUGACAUUCUCGUUGGCGUCGACACAAAUGGUGUGGUCACUGGAAUAAAGUCGGAUGCUGGAGAAAUUGCGAAAAGGCGCGAGGAUUUGUCAAACGCCAUGACGAGUAUUCUACCAGAAUCCAAAGAAGGAGCAGAUAUCUGUUUUACUUUGGAAGAAGCUUGCAAUUGUGUGAAUGGAAAGAAGUGUUUUGUUUGUGUUUUGCCUCUUUCGACUUCUGGGAAAAGUGAGAUAGACCAACAUUAUAUUGUUUGGAUUCAUGUUCCUCAAGGGGAAACGGAACCUCUUUAUUUCAGGGCAGAAAAGAAUGUACACGCUUAUAUACGAAAAGGGGCGCAAAAUAAACGGAUAACGAAUUACAAAGAAUUCUUCAGUUCAUUAUAUUCACUUGGCAGCCGUCCAAAACCGAAAGAAAUUUCAGAAGAAGAUUUGGAUAUUGAAAUAAAGUUCAAAGAAUCUAUAGGGGAAACCGGUUUAAGAAAGAAUUACAAGGUUCUAGAACAAAUAAGGUACGAAAAUCAAAACUGGGAAUUUAAGAUGAUUUUUGGAUGUGAUCCAGUUAAAACGAUUGUGGAUAAGUAUUUGACGGAAUACACAUGUGGUUUUCUUAACGCUUCUGGUGGGACUAUUUUGUUUGGGGUGCAGGAAGGCAAUUUGAAACUUGGACACGUUGUCGGUAUAGUCAUAUCUCUUCAAAAAAGGAAAGAACUGGUCCAAAAAGCAGUUACUGCGCUCAGUAAAUUUUAUCCACCAGUUCUCAAAAGUCAAUUUCGUUUAAUAUUCCACAAAGUUAUCGUUCCUCAACAAUUGGUAUCAGUUGUAAAGAACGAACAGCCUAAUAAAGAUUGCACCGAUUCGUUUCUUCUUCUUCAAGGCCCGCCUGGCGAAAUUGGCAACAAAUGGCCAAAGUUUGUGAAAGAUAAAUUACGAGAUUGUCUGUCUAGAGUUAUUCCUUUGAAGCCAGAGCUAAAUUCUCAAAACCAAAGAUUUUGUAUUGUGGUGGAAAAUCGGCACAACAUUGAGGAGAGAUUUGAAGACAAUUUAAAUGGAUUUCUCAAACAGAAUCCAAAAAUUACCAGGAAUUCGAUAACAGAGGACGAAUUGAAACAAUCUUUAAAGCAGCUUUACAUGAUUGAACUGAAAAUAUUUCCAUCCCAGUAUCCCAUCCAUUUGACAAAGACAGUUGAAACGCAUGUUUUUGAUACGAAGAAUAACUUGGUCGAGUUAAGCAUAGAAGGUCUAAUGAAUCGAUUUAAAUUUGGCAAGGAUGCUACAACCACGUUUGAUGUAGAUAAGUUUCUUAAUGAUGUGGAGAACUUUGAACAGUCGGGUAAUUCAUAUAUUCUUAUCACUUCUCCAUUCAACUUACCGACAACAGAACGAGAUCUCCAUGGCCUGGUUUUACCUCAGUGGACCCUCGUUAUCGACUUCGACCAGCAUCUGAAACAAGAAGGUCAUUUGUAUCAGCGAUUUAAGGAACUUUAUGACGUCCUUCAAAUUCAACGUAAACGCUUUAUUAAAACUCCUCGAGACACCAAACUUGGUUUGAAUCCCGAGCACGCUAUUUGCUGGCUCGCUGUAAGAGGAUAUGAUGAAGUAGAGAAAACUCUCUCCAAAGAGGGUCACGGAAAUUGGAAUAUUACUCACAGAAACUCACUUUCGACACUGCUGAUGCCAGAACUAGCACGCUUUGUUAGACCAAACUAUCUCAACAUCAUUGUUUUGUGGGAUGAUGGACACAAGCCGCUUAUCGACUCGCUGCGGACGAUUUUGGAGGAUAUAAUUAGCAUCACUGGUUAUCGUACAGCUGUAACAUUUGUAUGCUCCAAUGAAACUGUGCGAUUGGAUAUCAACGAAGUUUUGGUCGAGCCACUACAAAACAGUUAUUGGCGAAUAUUUUCAACUGAUCGUGUUUACAUUGCCCAACCAUACGUUCUUUCAAGGCAUCUCUCGGCAAACCUACCAAGUCCAUAUCAGCCAGAAGAUGAUUAUCAAGUUCCGCACCGAAAAAAAGUGAGAGGAAAGUAUCAAACGUGGCCAGAUAUCCUCCCGAAAACUCUGAGACAUAACAAUUAUCUAAAAGUGAUGUACAUUAGAAAGAGAAAGGAGCUUGAUAAACGAAUUCUGGAUAAAGAGCGAAAGAAAUUCUAUUCAGGUUUGGAAAUAACAGAUCUCGGCCUGCAAAACGAAUUUGGGAUUGAACGUGAAAAGAUGGAAGAAUUGGACAAGGAAUUUAAGCUUGUCUGCAAUGAUUUUAAUGACAGGAGGUCGCAUGUUGCUAUUUUGUGUCUUAAAGUCGACCGCGGAGCCGGAUCAAGUACUCUGUGCUUACAGUUUCUGUUUAAACAUCACAAGGAAUAUCCGUGUGCACAACUCCUAGAAAUUGGCGAGGACUUAUUGAGUUACAUUAGAGAAAUUAACAAUGCAACCAAACUUCCCCUCCUGUUAUUUGUUGACGAAGAAAUUUCCCAUCCACAGGACUUCUUAGAUUUUUCAAGAAAGUUAGGCGAAUGCCGAAAUGUUAAUGUUAUCCUCCUGUUAAUUGUACCAGCUGAAGCUAAAAGAUAUGCGAACAAUACUCGAAUUAAAAAUGUUGCAGAUUUAUCUACUCUCCGAACUUGCCCAUUGAAAGUAAUUGAGCUAAGAAGAGACCUAACUGAGCGGGAAAUGACUAAUUUAACAAACCAUCUUGUGGAUAUCAGAAAAGAAAAAAAUGUUUUCGAAAAAAUAGAGAAGCUAAAGAACAAAGCUAAAAGUGAAAAGACAGCACUGACGUUUGCCCAUUUCGGGUUAACGGUCUUUGGAAAAGACUUUUUCGGCCUGAACCAAUUUGUUAAAUUCAGACUUAAUAUUGCCGAUGAAAAACAAAGAGCAGUCUUGUCAUACUUAUCACUUAUUCAUAUUUACACGGAAUCCACUCUUCCUGCAAGUGCUCUAUCUGCAUUUCUUGAAGAAAAGAAAACCGUCAAUUUGGAAGAUGAAUUUCAAGAUGAUUAUGUCCGUGAACUCCUAAGUCCACCUGUAGACAACACAGACUCACGUCGAAUAUCAUUUCAUGAAGUUGCCGAGGAAAUUCUCGCUCAGCUAGCUUCAGCAAAAUCUUUUGGGUCAGCUAACAAGCAAACAUAUUGGCAGUUCAUUAAGGAUGUUGCCGUUGAUUUAGCGAAACAGGUGUUAAGUGUUAAUAUUGCAACUAAAGCUAUCGAUCGUCUCACAAGACGCCUUUUUGUUACCAGCGAGUACGAGAGUGAAAAAUUCUCUUCGUUGAUACGUGCAAUGAAAGAUGGUGAUCGUGAUAUUGCUCGUGACACUUUGACUGAACUCAAAGAUAUUUUUCAAAAGCCAUCAUCUUUUCGUGCGCACAUUCUUGCACAUUUAGCAAAAUAUUACAUGAUCGUUGCGAAAGACUUUGAAGAAGCAAAACCUAGAAUUGAAGAGGCAAUAAAGGACCAACCAGAUGAUCCUCUUUUGCGACACAUCCACGGCGACAUUAUUUUACGCCACGUUAAGGCUCUCAAGAAAACGAGUAAAGUUGAUAUGGAUAGCAUCGUUUCAUUUGCCGAAGAAAGUAGUGAGAGCUUUAAAUUUGUUCGACGAAAACGGCCAAACGAUAGCCACGGGUACAUGUCCGAUGCUAUGGUACGAAUUACCGUCAUGCAAGCUGCGACAAAGCACAAAGCGUGCUUACAAGAUAACAGUAAAAGAGACAACAAUUUUAUUGACUAUUUACUGGAUAGAUUGAAUGAUAUAAGAUCAAGAGGCGACAGAAUAAUUACGAAACAGGAGAGAUAUCUUAUAUCUCUCAUUCCAAAGGCUCACGCAUUUCUUUAUGAAAGUGUUAGCGAUGACUAUGAACACAAAGACGAAUGGAAAAUGCAAUUUCGUAAGUGCAUUGGUGAACAACUGUCGAAUCUUCGGGUACUUUGUGGUAAAAUCCGAGAAGUAAAGUCUGUUUUUCAUGAUUUUCGUGACGAAAACUCUAUAUGGCUGCAUAAAGUCUUAUUAAAUAUUCAAAAAUUGAAUAAUGGAUUUGAAAUUGACGACGGAAACUUAACUGAAGACCAGAUCGAGGAAAGAAUUAAGGAGAUCGAAGAGUGUGCUAAGGGCCUAAAAUACCCUGAACCGUUAAUGAUGUUUUGGCUCAGAUACUCCCGUAAUAAGAAAAUUAUCCCUCGCUUGGAAGAUGUCAAAAAGAAAGUAAAGGAUUGGUUACAUAUCUCAAGAAAAAAGAAAUCGUCUCCUAAUGCAGAGUUUUACAAUUAUGUGGUGAACAUGUUGAUCGCGUUGCAAGAUCCCAAUGAUCGGGAAAAGAGAGAAAAAGUGGAGAAAAUUCAGCAAGAAAAAAAAUAUAAGAAAGAUAAUGUGAUCAUUCCUCAAGAAUGGUUGGACCCAAAAGAUGGGCAUCACAUAAACUCAAUAGAUAGCCUUUUACAUCAUGAUGACCUCGUGAAAGAGAAUGAUGGGAAUCUCAGAACUAAACAGCAACGCCGUGAAGUGAUCGAAGGUUAUCUAAGCCUAAAGGGAGGAAGAGGAGUUACAAGAUGGAAAGGUACCGUCACCGACGUUCAGAAAUUGUGGAUUGGUACAAUUACUUUCAAAAAACAUUUCGAAGUGCGUUUCAUACCUCAGAGUGUGCAAACAGGAUUACCAAAGUCAGGAGACACAGUCUCGUUUUGUUUGGGAUUUGACAGACUUGGUCUCAGUGCCUGGUGGGUGAGACUUGAAGAAGGAGGGAGUGAACCUUUGGAGGGAGUGAAAACAUUCCCUAACAUCAAUGGUUAUGAAUCUUCAUCAGAUAAAGAAGAAAAUGGGAGCGAAGAGAUCCCAAGGACAAAUUCAUUCAAGUCUUCCUAUUCCGGGCAAAUAGGAAAAACGUGGAACAGCCGUAAUGGUGAGCGAUUGCAAGGGGUUGUUGUCUCCACUAAUUCAGAGAAAGGAUUCGGAUAUCUAGAACGCCCUGAUGUCGACGAUAAACUAUUUUUUCACGCGUUGCAACUUGUUCAACCCGUUAUUGCCCUAAAAGGAAGCAUCGAGAAGCACAUGGUUCUAGAAUUCAGAGUAGAGGAGGUAUCAGCAGAAAAGACACGUGCCAGUGAUAUAAACGUCAUUGCGGAAGAAAAUGUUCAUCCAAAAAUUGCAAAAUUUCGCAGGGCGAAAAUUGAGGAAAAUUCUUCGCCAUCGAUCGUUCGGCGUCACAUAAAGCCCAGAGUAAAUAAACCACGCUCAGAGGCGCAUACCUGCAGGGAGAAGGGAGUGGUUGUUGGACAUUCCAAAGAGAAAACCUUCGGCUUUAUUAAAGCUGAUAAAAAAUCGUUUUCACAGGACAUAUUCUUUCAUCGUGAGCGAUUAGCUGCAGGAGGAUCUUUACCAAACAUUGGGCAGCGUGUCGAAUUCUCGUUCAUUAGGACGAAAAGAGGCUUAAAGGCUACUCAAGUUUGGAUAGAAAAUGAGGCUAAUUCUCCUCGAAGGCCAACCCCAGAUAAAGAGCAAACGUGGGGUAGUUUAGGAAUUGUAGAGAGCGUGUCGGAUGGUUAUGGAUAUAUUGUUAGCAAUAACCACUCAGGAUCCCAAGAUCGAAUGAAGUUUACCCAGAAUGAUAUCCAAAAUGGACGUUUUCAGGAUAUCAUCGAGAAUACAAAGGUGUAUUAUGAAGUUGGUAAGAGAGGAGGGAGAUUAAUUGCCAAAAAUGUAAAUAUAAUUGCUUAGAGGCAAGACUUAAUCUACUAAAGCGCACUAUUUUGAAAUAUUUUCAAAUGGGUUUUUUGGCGAGUUCUUACAUAGAUAGAGCUAUGAUAGGUAGAACAUGUCUAAUCAAGACGUAAAUUACACUUUUAACUUAAUUGUUACGAAUGCUUAUAUGAUUAUAGUACUAUUUAUACCCAUAGAAAAGACAAAUUAUACUUAAAAUAAAAAAAUUAAAGCUAUAGUUACCACACACGGCACACAAGGUACAGUUAAAAAUGGUAAAUUUAUACAAUUAUACACUUAUACAAUUAGUAUAGGUAAUCAUGUAUGGCGAAUUCCAACCUCGUUCCCACUCCCCAGGGUCUUCUUCGUAGCACGCCGAGAAAAAGUGAGAAGACCCUGGUAAACACUGUGAAAAUCUCCAAGUUUCUUAGAGAUUGAGUACAUGCGUAAUAGCGAAUUUCCUUAAGUACUGACCGAAAUGAAUGCUGGCGUGGUGUGAAAGGCUUCAAAUUUUUACACGCCAGCAUUCAUUUCGGUCAGUACUUAAGCCGAAAUUCGCUACUACACCAAAAUUGGAUGAGCCGAAAGCGUGAAUUUCCAGUACAAUUAAAAUUGCAAUAGAACGAAUUGGAUUGGAAUGAAUGCUAAGGCUAAAAUCUUAGAGGUGCAUGGUUACAAACUAAUCAACUGACCGCGUAGCUGGAAAAAUCAGGAGUAUGAAUUGCCGUUAACUUCGAUCAUUCGCUAUAUUCUUAAUCAAAGCAUUAUACUAUAGAAGAAUUUAAACCCUCGAGCAGCUUGGGUGAAAAACAAAAGCCUCGCGUGACUUUGAUUAUAUUUUAACGUUUUUAAACUAGUUCAAUAACUGUUUAUUGAACGCUACCUUAGAGCUCACUUCCAUUAAGUGUAGAUCUUUGGGAAAGAAAAUUUAUUAAUUGAAUAGUAAAACAGCUUUCUAAUAUCAAGAAGAUUAAAAUAAAUGCAAGUAAACCAAGUCGACUUUGAUAUUGAGGUAAAUUACGUCGUAAAUAUACUGAAUACUGAACACUUCUGGGGCCAGUUGUUUAAAAGACGGUUAACUUAAC